UUGUGUCUGAACCCUGUCGAGACAUUUAGCAUUUAAUUGUAUGGGAACAUGUAAAUUUAUCAUACUUGUGUGACUGGUACCAGACUAAAGAUUUUCUAGUGACCGUGCCAAAAAGUUAAUGGAUUUAAAACCUGAGAGGUUAAAGGUUCAUCCUCUCUUUGAGAUAUAAAAUGUGAGGAAGAAAACAGGAAGCUCAACAAAAAUCAUGUCUGAGCCACAAGUAUCUUUGGUAAAGAAAAUGUGGGUUUUCCUUUUCCUUUUGUGUGUUUAUACAUUCUGUUCUGCAGAUCAAUACAGACAACGGGCAGAGAAAUUAAUGAAAGAAACUCCACUAAUAGAUGGACACAAUGACCUCCCGUGGCAACUUCUCUUACGUUACCAUAACCAACUGAGCAAGGUGGAUCUGAAUAAGCUGAAUGAAACCCAGACCAACAUCCCCAAGCUGAGAACCGGUCUUGUAGGAGGACAGUUUUGGUCAGCAUAUACGCCAUGUGACACCCAGUACAAAGAUGCUGUGAGACAGACGCUGGAGCAGAUUGAUGUCAUCCACAGAAUGUGUCAGAUAUAUCCAGAAACUUUCCAGUGUGUAAGUUCAACCAAAGAAAUUAAUGAAUCUUUCAAAAAUGGUAAAGUGGCCAGUUUAAUUGGUGUAGAGGGUGGACAUUCGAUUGACAGCAACAUGGCUACACUACGUCUCUUCUAUCAGCUGGGCGUGAGGUACAUGACCCUCACACACAGCUGUAACACACCAUGGGCAGAUAACUGGCUGGUGGACACUGGAGAUGACUCAGUUCAGAGCAAUGGAUUGUCCACAUAUGGAAAGAAAAUCAUACAUGAGAUGAACCGUUUGGGAAUCAUCAUCGAUUUAGCUCAUACUUCUAUGAAGACAAUGAAUGAUGUACUACAGAUUUCAAAGGCACCUGUCAUUUUUAGCCAUUCAUCUGCCUAUGCACUAUGUAACAGUAGACGCAACGUACCAGAUGAAAUUCUGAAGACAGUGAGUGAAAAGGGAGGCAUUGUGAUGGUGAACUUCUACAAUUACUAUGUCACCUGCAAGCCCACAGCUAAACUUUCCGAUGUGGCAGAUCACUUUGACCACAUCAAAAAGAUUGCUGGUUACCAGAGUGUAGGAUUUGGUGGUGAUUACGAUGGCGUUUCGAGACUUCCUGAAGGUUUAGAAGAUGUCUCCUUCUAUCCAGAUUUAGUAGCUGAACUACUGAAAAGAAAUUGGACUGAUAAAGAUGUGAAAGCAGCACUUGGAGGGAACUUCCUACGAGUCUUUGAACAAGUGGAACAGGUUAAGUCCAACUCUUCUGGAGAUGACGAGCCUAUCCCAUAUGAUGAGGUUCAGAAUGAAUGUAGAACUGCCUAUGGCUAUCAGAAUCAAAAAAAUAGUGGAACUCCAUUGGUGUUAUUUCCUACUGUUGUCACAUUAGCUUACCUAGUAUAUUAUACUUUAGUGUAAGAACUAAAUAAAAGGAUGGAGAUACCACAGUAACCCUUAAAUAUUGCAACAUUUCUCCCAAAAAACUGAAUAUGAAGAAAAUUUAGAGGCAGAAUUUUCAUGGGCUUUUUUCCACUCACUCAUUGUAGCAUUGCCAGAAAUUGUGGAUAAACAGGUAUGAAUAAAGA